GAUAAGAUAAAUAUAACGGAUUAAUUUAACAAAAUUAUUAAUAAGGCACCAAAGUACCUACCUACUUAUUAAUUAAUUAGUUAUAGUAUUUAAUCUAUAAAAAAAUAAUGUAUUUAGAAUUAAUUUUAGUGUUUAUUUUAUAUUCAGAAGUUUAUAGCGUGUGUCAAAAAAGUGUUACUACUGCAAGUGGGAGUUACGCUCCUGCAGGAACAAUAUGUUCCGGCGAUUUAAUUUUCGUUGAAGAUUUCAACGAACUAAGAUUAGAUUUAUGGAAUCAUGAAGAAACUCUUGGCGGACGAAGUAGUAAUAACCAAUUUCAAUGGUAUACGAAUAACAGAAAUAAUUCGUUCGUUGAUAAUGGUAUUUUACAUAUCAGACCAACACUAGUCGCAGAUGAAUACGGAGAAGCAUUUUUAUAUAAUGGAACGAUAGAUCUUGGAACCACCUGCACUACUCCUUUAUAUGACGGGUGCUUAAGAAAAGGAACAAAAGAGAUCAUUUUGAAUCCUAUUAAAAGCGCUCGUAUCAACACCAACAAUACCUUCACCUUUAAAUAUGGUAAAGUGGAAGUACGAGCAAAAGCUCCACUAGGCGACUGGUUAUGGCCAGCUGUUUGGAUGAAUCCCCAUUUGCAAGUAUACUCCAGCUGGCCGAGAUCCGGUGAAAUAGAUUUAAUGGAAUCCCGAGGUAACAAAAACUUAUACCUUCACCAAACUAACAUCGGCGUGGAGCAAAAUGGAUGCACGCUGCAUUGGGGCCCGAACGCCAUUUACGAUCGCUACAAGUACACCCAUUUCCCUAAAAACAACAAAGACGGUUGGAAUACAAAGUUUCACACGUACCAGUUGGAGUGGCGGCCGGAAAACAUAACGUUCUUCAUCGACAACAACUUCAUCGGCGUGGUUUCUCCUCCAACUGGAGGUUUUUGGGAAUUGGGCAAACUCAAUUCGACUGGGUUCACGAAUCUCUGGGAAAAUGGAACGAACUUAGCACCAUUCGAUCAAGAGUUCUAUUUUAUCUGUAACAUAGCUGUAGGAGGUACUAGUUUCUUCUCGGAUAUGGCGAGUAAUACAGAAUAUGCCAAACCUUGGUUCAAUACGGACGGUAGAGCAAGCAUGACUAAAUUUUGGAAAGCCGAAGAUGACUGGUUACCGACUUGGGAUAUUGCCUCAGAUAGUAGUCAUUUACAAAUUGAUUAUAUCAAAGUUAGGGCUUUGUAAUAAAAAAUAUUAAAACCAAAAAUAGGCAAGAUAUAAAAUAUAAUUAAAAUAUUUCAUUUGUACAUUUCUUUAUCGAAAAUAAUACUCCUAACAGUACGCAGGGCUUGCUUUCUCGAAUAUUUCUCGUAAAAUAAAAUUACUAAAUUCUAGGUAAAAUAGAAAUUAAAAUGUUACGAAAAUAGCGGAACAAAGUGCAGGUAUAUGGGCGAUUCCUAUCUAUUGUAAAUAUGGCACUCUAAGCCGAUUUUAUUUAGGAACGCUUGUAAUAAUACUUUAAAUUAUGUACUUAUAGUAAAAUCAAUUUGGCUAAAAAUUAAUUUUACUUACUGUAGGAACCUAUUAAAAUUAUAGUACAAAUUAAUACGUUUUUUCUAUCCCACAAAAGAAGACAUAGAAGAAAUAUAUUCAUCUUAACAUAAUUAUGAGGUCUAAUAUCCAGUAUUUGUAAUCAUAGGUACCUAAACCAAACGAAACAUAAUACAAUACGUAUAAAAAUCCAUUUAACCUGCACUACAUCGAUUAAAGUAAAAUACUGUUCAGUACAUAAAUCGUAAAAUAUACAAGUUAAAAAAAACGAAUCCUUAAAAACCUAAAAGCGAACGUCAGUACCUGUCACAAUACGACAGUGGAAGACUAUGGCAAGAUUAAAUGUUAACACUUUGUUUCAACUCCAAAAACUGGAAAGGCACGUGAAGCGUACAAUGCUUGUGUUCGACGAUCAAAUGACCCCUUCGAUGGGACGCUCCCACCACUAAAACCGUCUCUCCCUUCAACAAAGCCGCACCGUCUCCGUUGGUGUCUUCCGGAAACGUCAUUUUCAUCACUCUAGUUUGAGGGUAACCUAAUUUCGUGUUGCCCGUCACUGUGUAAGACCGGCUGGGCGGCACCGGAGGCGGCCUUUCCAGGUCCAAACCGAACAGAUUGCAGGUUUGCUGGAUGAUUUUCGCGUCGCACUUUUCGUUCGGAUCCGGCGGCGGAGUACCGGCGAUGGGUUGAGGUCUGGGGCGAGUACCUCCAAUCGCCGCCCUCGACACCGGCGGUUGGAUGGCGGAUUUUUCCCUUCGAACUGCCGUCAUUCGAUACCUGCAAUGCCAGCCUCUCCACGUAGAUUGGAUUAAUGUAGCGGCCUUGCGUCGCGUUUCUGACCUCAAUUUCUCCAGCUCCUGUCGUAUUCCUUCGCUUAGGAAUAUGUGCCUCUUCCCCAUAGCGUAGCUAAUCGAUACAGGACUUUGCAGCUUGGCUAUCAAGUCCAUCACGUGCUGCAAAAUCAGGUGGCAAUCGUCGGCGACUUUUUCUUCGGAUCUGUUCAGUUUGGCGAAUGGAGCUAAACACCGGUAGCGGAUGUUGAAGGCUUUAAAUCGCAUCCUAUGCGGAUACCCGCCCGCCAUGAGAUUCACCGUUUCCAGGACUUGUAGCGAACGAAUUUGCCGGACAACUGUACCUCUAUCGAAGCGAUUGGGAGUCUCCUGCGGAUUGCUGCAGAUGCACCUAACGAAAUGCGGUCUGGCGUGCACGAGAGUUCUCAGAAGAUUAUCCAAGCGUGUGUGGAAAUCUUGUGUUAAAGUCGACACGGGUUCGUCGCCGUUUAGGAGAUCGGUAUGGGAAGUGGGAGAAAUGCGAAAACUGACUCCUCUGGGCACUGUUUCUAUUGAGUAAAGGGCUUUCAAUUCGCUGCCGAAUAAGUGCGUCGCGAAACCGAAAUUACAGCUGUGCUUGUAGAACACCGCCACUAAAUCGUCCGGGAUGACGUCCUUGUUGGUAUCCAGAAAAUCGGUGGCAUCGUAAAUGACUUUACCAGCGAAAUGCUGUAUGCAGAAUAGCCUAGGAUCGAGCGGUUUCGGAUCGAAAAGUCUUAAAUUAUUCUUAUGUUGAACCUUAAUCUUGGACACAUACGAUUCGGCUGUGCCCCUAAUCGAGCAUUCUACAUCAAGCAUACUUAGCAGGCCGGUACGCAGAGAAGAAACUAAAUCUAUGCAUGGUACAUUAUCGAUGUAAUCCACCUCGACUUCGCAGUUAAUGCCUUCGUCUCUGCAAGAUUCUAUGCUCGAUUUGAAAAUAUGAGUAUUAUAAAAGUGUUGCAUCGUCUCGGCGCAAAGGUUAAUACACAGAUGCUCCAGUUGACUGGGUUUCGGAUCCUCAAAACCAAACAUAUCAAGUAUACCGAUGAAACCGUCAGUAGCGUGUCUAACGGCGUUAUUUAACGCUGCCAUCGAUUUACUUCCAGCAUUCGUGCUCCCGCCGAUAGUAGAAGCAUGCUGGCUCGUCACUUCAGCUUGGUUAUGCACAGACUCAUUGGAAUCGGAACUCAGAGUGCCCAACGUCGAACCUAAUCUCUUUAAACUAUUAGCUCUACGAACUAUGGUAGCUACAGUACGGCAGUAUAAAGCUUUAGCUAAACAGUCUCUCGUCAUGUUCGACAUGUUGGCGUCGCAAACGGAUUUCACCAGCUGGCCUCGCGCGUUGUGAGUGCGAGAGGUCAGCCCGCGAAAUAGAGCACCACCGGAGACGCCCAGUAGACCGGCCACGGCGUUCAAUUCAGCUUCGCCUUUGACGUCUACUUCCAGUCCCUUGCCGUCCAUGAAUUGCACAUUUCCCAAAAGAAGAACCGCCGCCAGCACCCUGACCACGUCCAGGAAUGGUAUUCCGAGGAUCCCCAGGCAGUUCUUCCAAGCCUGGAAUCU